ACAACACUCCCGGCGGCCUCCUUUCCUCCGCUCACUCAGAAGGGCCGGCUCGCCGUCAUCAUGGGGAAAUCCUUCGCCAACUUCAUGUGCAAAAAAGACUUCCACCCGGCCUCCAAGUCCAACAUCAAGAAGGUAUGGAUGGCAGAACAGAAAAUAUCUUACGACAAGAAGAAACAAGAAGAGUUAAUGCAACAGUACGUUAAAGAACAGGAAUCUUAUGACAACAGAUUGCUUAUGGGUGAUGAACGUGUAAAGAAUGGUUUGAAUUUUAUGUAUGAGGCCCCACCUGGAGCAAAGAAAGAGCAGCAGAAGUCUCAAGAGGGUGAAACUGAGUACAAAUUUGAAUGGCAGAAAGUAGCUCCACGUGAAAAAUAUGCCAAAGAUGACAUGAACAUCAGAGAUCAGCCAUUUGGUAUCCAGGUGCGGAACGUGAGGUGCAUAAAAUGUCAUAAAUGGGGCCAUGUAAACACAGACCGAGAAUGUCCAUUGUUUGGCCUUUCUGGAAUUAAUGCAAGCUCAGUUUCCAGUGAUGGCUCAGGGCCAUCAAUGCACCCCUCGGAGCUAAUAGCGGAGAUGAGAAACAGUGGGUUUGCACUGAAACAAAAUGUACUGGGGAGAAACUUGACCGCAAAUGAUCCAUCACAGGAAUUUGUUGCUAGUGAAGGCGAAGAUGACCCAGAAGUGGAAUUUUUGAAAUCCUUGACAACAAAGCAAAAACAAAAGCUUCUGAGGAAACUGGAUCGCCUGGAGAAGAAGAAAAAGAAGAAGAAAGAUAGGAAGAAGAAAAAGCAACAGAAGAGAAAAAGCAAAAGUAAACACAGGAAACAUAAGAGCAGAUCUUCUUCCAUAUCCUCCAGUGAGUCUUCAGUAAGCAGCAGCAGUGAUAGUGAGACUGACAGCCAAGAUAAAGCAGCACAAAAGAAGAUGGAUUCUAAGGAAAGAAGAAAAGCUAAGUUUUCAGAGCCUAGCAGCAGUGAUUCUGAAGGGAAGGCGAAGACUAAGGGAAAACUUUAUGAAGAUCCCUCCAGCAGUCAUGGUAACAAGGACAAAGAUAGAGAGAAGUGUAGACUUUUAAAGCAAGAUAGUUCUGGGGAGAACAACAAAUGGAGCUCCUCUGAGAGCAAAAGAAAGCCCACAAGCAGAAAUGAUAACACAGACAAAAGAAGAGAAUCUGAAAGAUAUGAAAACAGGAGCAGAAGCCAAAGCAUGGAGGAGAGGAGCGGGAGAGGCUCUAACACAAGGAACAGGACUUCCAGCCCUAGUGAGGAGCGGCACAGGAAAAGCGAAAGUAAAAGCCAUAGCUCAAACAUAUGCAGAGAGCAGCAAAAACAUAGGGAGAGCUACAGCAAGAAAUACAUUAAGUCAGGGCAUAGAGAAAGAAGCCGGAGCAGAGAGAGACAGAAAAAUAGAUAAUGUGGGUGGCAAAUUGUGUCUCUUUUUUUAAAAAAAAAUCCUUUAAUAAGGAUACUUAUUAAACAUACUUCUCUUUUUUCUCAUAUGAGUUGGCUGUUAUCCAUAAAAUUAAAAUUUCUUUCUUCAAAUAUCUUGCAAAAAUACAGACCUUUAAAGAUCAGAUUGUUUUGUUGAAAAAUAUGUCUAAUUUGAAUAGCAAGCUGCAUUUGGGUGAUGCAUUUGAUAAAUCAAUUUUUUAAAAAAUCCAACACAUCCAUAAAAGCUAGCUUUUCGUGUAUCGUUCUCCUUUGUUAUAAAAGUAAAUAAACUUGCAAUGAUCAGGAUAGAUAUUCCAGGAUGCAUUAAAUUAUGCUGAUAGUACUUGACAUAGUUCUGGAUAAAAUCACUAACAGCCUCAAAACUAGAUUAUUUUUGGCAUGAAGUAUUUUCCCCCCCAAGAUCCACCAAAGAGGACAAUUUCAUGAGUUAAAACAACAGAGGACCAUAGCUCCACAUAACUGUAUAGCCAACGUUUUCCACCUCCUGCAGAGUAUAACUUGAUCAAGGCUAUCUAAGCAUCUUAAACCCCUGUUGGUAGAUGACACUAUAGUAUCAAGUUAUUGUUCAAUAAUUUGUCUAGACAUGGGAAGAAUGUUUACCAGCCAAACAUUUUCUGACUAUUGUGUGCAGUAACAAUAUAAUAUCAGCUCUCUUACCUCCCAGGAUAACCUCUUCUUCGCUCUCCUGUGGUUUUUAAAAAAUAGUUGCUGUUUACAUUGUAAAUACAUUAAAUACAUUUUGGCUUCAAA